AACCCACUGCUUGCUGUGUUUUGAAAAUAAAGUCUCAAGGAAGGAGAAGGCUCCCAAAAGUUCAGUCAUGGCCAAGGUGCACAUCACGAAUGUUGUGGUGCUGGACAACACCAGCAGCUUCUUCAAUCCCUUCCGGUUCGAGCUGACAUUCGAUGCACAGGAACUGCAGGAGGACCUUGAAUGGAAAGUGAUAUACGUGGGCUCGGCUGAGUCCGAGGAGCACGACCAGGUACUGGACACCAUCUACGUGGGCCCCGUGCUCGAGGGUCGUCACAUGUUCGUCUUCCAGGCCGAUCCGCCAGAUGUUAGCAAAAUUCCAGAACAGGAUGCCGUAGGUGUCACUAUUGUGCUGUUGACGUGCUCGUAUCGCGGGCAGGAGUUUGUGCGCGUCGGUUUCUACGUGAACAACGACUAUGAGGAACAGGAGAUGCGAGAGAAUCCGCCACCCAAGCCCCUGUUCGACAAGCUAGUGCGCAACAUACUCGCCAGCAAUCCGCGCGUCACCCGCUUCCAGAUCAACUGGGACGACAGCCACACCAAUGGCAAUGGAGUGCCAGAAAACAACGGGCACAGCGAUGAAAUUAUGAUCGAUGGUCCAUCCACAUUGCAGCAGCAGGAUAGCAUGCAGGACACCCUGCCCAUCGAUUACGGCAUUAUCGCCCUCAACGAGAACUCAAAAUAACUGGCAAUGAAAUGAGAUUCUUUCUGGCACCCCAACUGCAACGCACACAAACACACUCUUGAGCGGGCGCAGACUUGACGGAGACUCCCCCCACCCGACCUCGACCCCUUAAUUAUAAUUUAAAAAC